GACCUUUUUUGCACGAAUCGUUCUGAAAAACAGAGUGUCGAAACCUCCGGGAGGAAGCUCCAGCAACAUCUUUGGAAGCCCAGAAGAAGCCUCCGUCUCUCUCAAACCGCACCGAAUGGCAUCCAACAUAUUCGGAGGAGGGGAAGAACCUCAGGCCUUGCCCAGAAAGACAAACCCUCCAGGUGGAAAGGAUAGUGGAAUUUUUGAGGACCAUAAACCUAAACCUUCACAUCAACUUACAAAUCCCCCUGGUGGCAAAAGCAGCAAUAUAUUUGGAUCUCCACAGCCUUCUUGCACUGUCAAAGCACACCCAAACAAGCCCAAGGAUCACACUGUUAUUUUGGAUGACAGAGGCGAUUCACAACAGGAACGAAAAACAAAAGCUACAGAAGACCAAAGACCCCACAAUGGAAGAUAUGAGUAAAAUAAAGAACACAGAAG